GUGCUCGGCGCCUGGGCAGAGAACAAGUGCUUGCGCGGGCGUUUCGCGCUCGUCGUGGACAGCUUCGAUCCUCCUGUCCACCUCAGCCAGCCGAUCGAGCCGGGGUCCCCGUAACUGGGUCCCCUCAGCCAUGCUCCGCGCGCUCCUGGCUGCCGCGGCCUGCGUCGCGGCCUCCGGCUACCGCGCGGCGCCGCCGCGCUCUGCGCCCGUCCGCCCGCCCCGGGGCCGACGGCGGCGCUGCCUGCCGACGCUCCUGCAAGCAGCCGCCGCAUCCACCGACGACGACGGCGCCGAAGCCGUGGUAAGGGAAGCCGCGCGGUUGCUGCGGGACGGCCACCGCGACGAUAAGCUCAUAAAAGCCUCGAAACAAAUCCUGACGCUCGUCUCGCCGAAGAACAACGCCGUCAAUUUGAAUGCGAACGCCUUCGCGCGGAGCGUCGAGACGCACCGCGCCCACUACGGCCCUUUAUUAACGUGGCAGGCGCUGGAGCUGAAAUCUCAGGAUACGUCGAAGGACGGCCAGCGGUGUGUGGUGCGGACCCUGCUGGAGGGGGCCACGUCACAACUCGGGACGGCGGUCUGGACGCUGUCGCGGCACGACGACCGGUGGCUCAUCGACGCCGUCCUCGUGCAGCCGGCGGGCGAGGCCGCGACGGUCGAGCGCGCGCCGAGUCCACCGCCGAAGAAGAAGAAGAAAGCGGUGGAAGAGCCGCCCCCACCAGAAAAAGAAAAACCGAAGGAAAGGGAACCAGUGGCCCAGCAGAAUCCAUUAGCGGCCGCCGGCGCGACGUCCUUUGGAGCACUAACGAGCCCGCGCUGGGUCGCCAAGACCGUUUUAUCUGCUUUACGGACGAUCGACGAGCCCGAGCAAAAUCAUGGCAGUGGUGUCGCGUUGACGUUCGUGUCCACGAAGAACCCGGCCCACAAGCUCACGCCGGAGCUGUUUCGCAAGUACAUCGACGACGAGUCCUAUCCCUACGGUGUGCUGAAACGGUGGUUGGAAAUGAAUCCAGAGGACGUCACGUUCGACGACGACAAGCGCAAGGCGUCGCACGACGUCACUUUGAUAGAUGUCGACGGGUCGGAGCGGCUGGUCACGAUCGAGCUGUCGAAGGCGGACGACGUCGGGCCGUGGUUGAUAGAUAGGUUCUGGUGCGAGGAGGCGUACUAGUCUCGUCGUUAAUAAUUAAUCAGGA